CUUUUCUUCCUCUUAUUUUCUUAAAGGCACAGUUUAUUUACCCUUGUUGUAACACUGCCACCAGCUGUGCUGGAGCGAUAUCGACUCCAAGUUGCUCAAGUGAUUUAAUUCGUAUAUUGAUUCAAAAAGGAUUUACUAGUUCCUGAGGGUCUGGGUUGGAUUUUAAAUAUAAUUUUUUGCUUAUUUUUCAAAAUCAACAAACGAACAGGUUAAUACUUCUGCAAAAGCAGAAGCAUAAAUUGCAUAGAACACUGCAAUGCAGCCAAAUCAAUCAUUCUGAUGCAUAAUACUUUUGCAUUUAGACUUGGAAUUUCACUAGGCUAACAUGAUCUUCUGCUAACAUUAUCAGCACGUGUUGUCAGUGUGUGGAGUACCGGGUCACUACGUUGUCAAGGUAAUGGACGCACACUGUGAAAAAGGGCCUUUGCUGAUUGGCUUGCAAGCUGGCGACAUCUCGAAUUCCGAUCAAAUCCUGACAUCUGAUUGGUCAGAUUGUUUAUCCCGUAUGAAAAGCGGUUUAGGAGCCAUUCAAGGUUUACAACAGCAAACCCCAGUGAUUUAUCCAGAUAACCCCACGUAAACUAUUUGAUAGCUACAGCUAUAACUAUUUCAUCCAUAAAGCUGCAGAGGUUAGUGUGGCUGGUGUGCAGGCUGAGGAGGUGCAGCUUCAGCAGGGGGUGAGGAGAGGAGAGGGGGGAGGAGGAGGUGGAGGAGCUGUCUUUGGAGAACCAGCAGGUGCCAGGCCAUAUCAGUACACCAGCUCAGCUGCAGGAAGAGCAGGACCAGCAGGGCCCCACACUGGAGACAACAGAGGACCACACACAGCAUGCAGAGGCAUAAAGAAAAUAGUAUAAUCAAUAGCCUACAUUUACCAUCCACCCUGGCUUCUGGGCUAUGUCUCAGGAUAGUGUGUCGGCAGACACUGAACCAAUAGAACUUGAGACCCAGCUGAACCCCACAGUAGAGCAGAAUCAGGAGCAGGACCUGCAGGCCUUACUUGACCAGUUGCACCAGGAGAGAGACAGUCUGAACAGACUGGUGCAGAAGCUCAGCCUCAUAGAGAAAGAGCAGGUCCUGUUCACAGAGCCAGGCAGCAGGGGGAAACGUGGCUCUCGUCUGGACAGCUUCUUGCGGAGCGUGGAGGAGGAGAGGGACUACUACAGACAGGAAGCAGACAGCCUGAGGAGGAUGCUGAGGGGCAGGUGCUCCUGUAGCCCCUGUCGGGGGCACCUCCAGAGCCGCAGCCCCACCCGCCAGUCCCUUGUCAAGGGGGGCAGCUAUGAUUCUGAGCUGAUCAGGGUCUUGAGAGAGCGGGACGAGAUGCAGAACAUGCUGGAUAAGAAUGAGCGCCACCUGUCAGAGAUCCAGGCCAACGUGAAAGUUCUGACUGCCGACAGAGACAAGACCAGCAUGCACUACCAGCAGGCCCAGCAGGAGAUAGCGUCGCUGCGUCGCGAGGUACUGAAAUCCAAGUCGUCGCGCGCAGCUAAGAGCAGUGUCACUGUGUCGGCUCAGAGCAUCCUGAAGCGCGUGGAGGCGGAGAGAGACGAGGCCAAGGUCGACCUCCACCGUAUGAGCACAGAGAGGGACAGUCUGAGGGAGAGACUCAAGAUCUCUCAGGAGACAGCCAUCAGUGAGAGGGCUCAUCUGGAGCAGAGGGUGGAGGACCUGCAGACAGCCAUUCUCACUCUGGAGCAUGAGCGGGGGGACCAGAAGAGCCAUCUUGCCCUGAUGAGGGAGUCCAUGAUGGGGCUGGAGGAGGAGGUCCACACCCUGGGCAGGAAGCUGACCGCUGCUGAGGACGAACACAGCAGGACCAGGAACGAGUGUGUCAUGCUGAGACUGUCCAACAGUGAGACACAGAAUGCCCUGAGUGACAGCCAGCGCAAACUGACCUCCCGCAUCGGAGAACUACAGAACUCCCAGGAGAGGAACAAACUGCUGGACGAGAAGAACGACUCUCUACUGAGGCAGAUGUCUGGUCUAAGAGAGGAGGUGAGCAGUCUACAGUCCACCAUCACUGACCUGGACCAGAGGAGAGACUGCCUGCAGGAGCAGCUGGAGAACAAGACUGUCCUCCUUAACUCAGCCCACAACCAGCUGGACGACAAAGAGAAAACCAUCAGGAAUCUCAGGUUGUCCAUUGAGGAUCUGGAGACAUCAGCAGAGAGCGUUCGUGAGGAGCUGGCAGGGCGGGAGAGGGAGCUGGAGGCUUUGAGGAGGAGGCUGGGGGAUGCGGGGGAGGAGCUGGGGGCUUUGGCCAAGGUGAAGGAUUCAACCCUGAGGGAGAAUGCUCAACUCCAAGAGGAACUGGACAUGAGCCGCCUCAACAACCAGGCCCUGGAGCUGAAUUCUGAGGACUCUGCCCAGGAGGUGCAAGAGCUGCAGAGGAAGGUACAGGACUAUGUGGCUGACAUCUCCCGCAUCGAGAACCUGCUGUCCACCAAGGAGCGGGAGUGUAGGGAGCACCAGGAGGCUCGGCGGCGUGCGUCGGCCCAGGCUGAGAGCUGGGAGGGGCAGGCGCGGCAGGCGGAGGGGAGCAUCAGCGAGCUGAGGCUGGAGCUGAUGUCCUCAGACAUGGAGAGACGCAGACUCAAGGAGAAGGUGGAGGCUCUGGAGGCCAGUCUGCAGGAGGCGUUGUCUGCAGAGCGGAGCUGCAGCAGCCAGGUGUCUCAGCUCAACAGGAGUCUGCUGCACACUGAGGAGCAGUUGAGACAGGCCCAGGGGGAACACACCGCCACUCAGACUGACCUGGAGAAGACCAGGGAGCUCUGUGUCAAACUGGAUGCCAGCAAGGAGGCUGUGCAGUGUGAGCUGGAGCUGCUCAGGAAGCAGCUGUCCAGUGAGCGUCUGAGCAUGAAGAGCCUGGAAUCCAUGCUGGUGUCCACCAGGGAGAAGGAGCUACACCGACAGCUCAGCUCCCAGGAGAGACACACCGAGAUCCAGCUGCUCAGGGACAAACUCACCGCGUCCGACAGCAAGGCGAGCUCUCAGCGUAGAGAGGUGGCUACAUUGAGUACUCGUUCGGCACAGCUAGAGGCUGACCUGGACAUGACCAAAAGACAGCUAUCUACUGAGCGGUUUGAGAGGGAGAGGGCAGUGCAGGAGCUGCGUCGUCAGGGUCUGUCGUCAUCGUCCUCUGGCCUGCAUCCCUCCUCCCCUCACCUGCGUCGCUCCCUCAGCCCCAGCAGGCCCCUGUGGUCCACCGCAGACCACCUGGCCAGAGAGAGAUCCCCAGAGAGGAGCCUGGGGUUCAAGGACCUCUACGACUGAACAGAUCUCUCUCUGGAGGAAAGACAACCCAACCUUCUCUCUAGUCCUCACUGUGCUAUGAUGUCAUUCUUCAACUCAAACCUGUGAUGUCAUGAUCAGGACCUCAGGUUCAGAACAACCCUCCUAGACCGGAAAUAGUUUCACAAGUGUUCUCAAAUGUAUGUUUUAUUACAUUUUACAAACUGACAUCACUGUGUUUGGUUGUGUAUUGAUCUGUAAAAUGACUUACCAUUCAGUAUAUUUUUGAUGAAGAUUUGAUUCAAAUGAAAUGCAGCUAAAAGAGGGAAAUGAUGUUCUUUCAUUAAUAUAUUCAAUUUUUUGUAAAUUGUCUGAGAGAAGGGCUUUAAUAA